AUGGACCUGGGGGAGCUUUGGGGUUUAGAGGCAGAGAGUUUUUUCGGAGAGAAAAUUAUAGAUGCAACAAAACCUCUUCUCUCGGGGUUUUAUCUUCCUCGUAGUGGACAUGACCCUCUGUGGAUCAGUUUUCGUUAUGAGAGGCUUGGAGAUUACUGCACGUUGUGUGGGCUUAUUGGCCACAAGAGAAAUCAAUGUAAUCAACCGGUUGCUCGGCAUACCCCGGAAAAGUAUAGGAUUCCCUUACAGACCUUUUCUUUAGUGGGAUUGAGGCCUGUUUCCUCUGCUUCACGUGAGGAUUCUGAUUCUGGUUUAUCUUCAGUGGGCACUUCACCAUCUUACUCGGAUGGCCGGUCUAGUCCUGCUCAGGGAGCUGAGUUGGGCCUCCAGCUGGUGCCUCUCCCGCAUGCUCCUCUUCCUUCUUCCCGUGUAGACACAACUUUUGGAUCCCCAGCCAUGCAGUUCACGUCCCAGACGGCACUCCCUCCUUUUGCACUGUUUCCCUCUGUAGCUGGUUCUUUUCUUCACGCAAACUACGUGUCUUCUCCCCAGCACAUGCAUAUCUUAUCUCAGGAUGUGGGUACUCAAGUGGGUGUCAAUCCCUUUAGCUCCUCGAGCAGUUCAGAUGUUUCUAUCAGUUCUAUAGCUGCCACGUCUUCAUUGGGAUCAUCCCGGUUGUCGGCUGCUGCUAAAGGUAAAUCCCAAUUGAUCCUUCAACCAACGACUACUUCCCCUGUUUACCUUGAUCCUAUCUCUUCCUUCUCCCCUUUGAAUAUAUCUCAUCCUUGUCCAAUAACGGUUAGUCCUUCUCAUACUUGUCCAGCCCAAUUUGCUGACUUUUUGGCCUGUUGGCCAUAUCCAUUCCCACCGAGGCCCACUUUCAACCCAUCUCCUUCUCCAUCGUCACCUUCCUUUCUAUCUAUCAUACCACCUCCUUCUCCUGCCAAUAUCUCUCCCUUGCCGUCUAGGCCAUUGGAUUCUUCCUCCCCUAUAACAGCUAUUCCAAUUUCUACUGUCCAUGGGAAUAUUGCUGCUCCAGAUUUCAGGCCUAGCCAUUUCCCCUUUCAGCUUUAUCCCCCUUAUACACCGGUUACGCUUUCACCUAUUAACCUGUCUUCCCCUCCUCCUCCUCAGGUGCCUUCAUCCAUUCCCCUUCCUGUUUCAUCAAGCCCAGCUUUUCACCACUCCCCUACCCUCUCACGGUUUCAUCCUUACACAAGACCGGCUGCUGAUAUCAGACCACCUUCCUUUCCAUUAUCCCCGGAUGCUAUUCGGAUCCGUUCCCCUUCCCCAGCUCUGCAGCAGCAAAAACGAAAAUGGACAGAGGACACUAUACCUCUGGCAGUUCUUAAGAAAACAAAGUCUCACCAUUUGUUUCCUGGUCUUCUAUCUAAUCUGGAGCAAGCAGCCAUUUCACUAACGUCUCUGCAGGAUGGAGAUGCUUCGGUGGGAUCUUUUUUGUCUUUUGACUCUCAGUCUGAUGCAAUUAAGGUUUCUCUUCCUCCUCCAAGUACUCUGGACCCUGUACCCCAACCAGUGCAUCCAGUCAAUACUGCUCCAGUUAGGGCAGCGCCGGAUCCUGCUUUGACCUCACCAAAGCCCCUGCGCAGGUUCACACGUGCUGCUAGAGGGAUAGAUGUUUUUUCCCAGCUCCAAGCUGCCCACUCGGCUGCUGACUCUUCUUCAUAUUCAGCUCCAGCACAGGGAACUGAUACCAAGGGGGUGGACCAGGAUGGUCUACCUCCCCAUCAAUGA